GUCAGCCAGUUAAAAAGUUGCAGGAAAAAAUAUCGACAACACGGAAGUGUCAAGAUGGCUCCAAGUGGACUGAAGGCCGUAGUCGGAGAGAAAAUCCUGAAUGGAGUUAUCAAAAGUGUGAAGAAGGAUGGAGAAUGGAAGGUGCUCAUUGUGGACCACAUCAGCAUGCGAAUCCUGUCCUCCUGCUGCAAGAUGUCAGAUAUCAUGGCAGAGGGGGUGACGAUUGUGGAGGACAUCAACAAGUGCAGGGAACCCAUCUCCAGCCUGGAGGCCAUUUAUCUGAUCUCUCCUUCAAAGAAGUCGGUUCAUGCUCUUAUCAAUGACUUCAAAGAGAUUGCUUUCACCUACAAAGCGGCGCACAUCUUCUUUACAGACAAUUGCCCAGAUGCUCUGUUUGCUGACAUUGGGAGGUCCAGAGUUGCCAGAGUCAUCAAGACUCUGAAGGAGAUCAAUGUGGCUUUCCUGCCGUACGAAUCCCAGGUAUUUUCCCUUGACGAUCCCAGCUCCCUGCACUUGUUCUACAGUCUAGUUGGAGAUGGGAAUAAAGACAGAAUGAUGGAAACUCUGGCAGAGCAGAUCGCCACCCUCUGUGACACCCUGAAGGAGUACCCUGCCAUCCGCUACCGCAGCGGUCCUGAGGAGAAUGCUAGACUGGCUGAGGAGGUGUAUCAGCGUCUGAACGCCCAUAAAGCAGACAACCCCAGCAUGGGAGAGGGUCCUGACAAGGCCAGGUCACAGCUAUUAAUUGUGGAUCGUGGCUUUGACCCCAUCUCUCCCAUUCUGCACGAGCUGACUUUCCAGGCCAUGGUCUAUGACCUUCUUGACAUCAAACAGGACAUCUACAAAUAUCAGACGACUGGGAUCGGGGACUCUAAGGAGAAGGAGGUUCUUCUGGACGAAGACGAUGAGCUGUGGAUCCAGCUGAGACACAUGCACAUAGCUGACGUCACCAAGAAAGUGACGGAGCUGCUGCGUGUGUUCUGUGAGAGCAAGAGGAUGUCCACUGAUAAGGCCAAUAUCAAAGACCUGUCUCAGAUGUUGAAGAAGAUGCCACAGUACCAGAAGGAACUCAGCUUGUACUCCACUCACCUGCACCUGGCUGAGGCCUGCAUGAAGAAAUUCAAAGCCUCGGUGGACAAGCUGUGUGAGGUGGAACAGGACCUGGCCAUGGGGACUGAUGUAGAUGGGGAACCCCUGAAGGAUGCCAUGAAGAGCAUCGUCCCUGUACUCCUCAACACCGACAUCGACCCCUACGACAAGAUCCGCAUCAUACUACUCUAUAUCUUCCACAAGAAGAAGGGCAUUGGAGAGGAGAACCUGACCAAGUUAAUCCAGCACGCCAACGUGCAGGCAAACAGCAACAUCAUCACCAACCUACAGCACCUGGGCUGCCCCAUCAUCGCAGGGGCUCCCAAUGCUGGGAAAACACUGCCUGAGAAGAAAGAGCGCAAGGAGAGCACGUACCAGCUCUCCCGAUGGACACCCACCAUCAAAGAUGUGAUGGAGAAUGCCAUAACAGACAAGCUGGACAGGAAGCAGUGGCCGUUCAUCUCUGACCCUGCCCCCAUUAACACCAUGCAGACGACUGUCAGCAGUGCUCGGUUUGGACAAUGGCACAAGAACAAGUCUCCAACGGAGUAUCGUUCCGGCCCUCGGCUCAUCAUCUUCAUGAUCGGAGGUGUGUCCCACUCCGAGAUGCGCUCCGCCUACGAGGUCACGCGAGCCACCGACGGAAAAUGGGAGGUCCUGAUUGGUUCGUCUCACAUUGUCACACCCACCAGCUUCCUAAAUGAUCUGAAGAAGCUGGACCUGGAUCCAACUCCUGAAAGCUAGAUAUCUCCUCGGCCUGGAAGGGAGCUGUUCUUAGUCUGCAGAGAGAAUGGAUCUGAACACAAACCUGGAUUCAAAUUGUGCUUGUUUUCUUUCAAAUAUGUUAUGUUUCGAUUAAGCCUGCUGGGAGUGCCAGAUCAGUGGGAUUUGCAGUUUGCACUUUUAGGACUGUUCCAGUGGUUAUUUUGGGUUAGACAAGUUCAAUUAAGCACAGUUAAAGUAUUUGAAAGAGAACAAAUACUAUUUGAACCCUGGUCUGCUCAUUAUGAGACGCUUUGUGUACUCGUCUAACUGUAAAACAAAGUGCCGGUUUAAGAUGUAGUCAUUAAAGGAUAGUAUCUUUUGAUUCUCAAUCUUUUAUUGAAUUUCUUUAAUUACGGUUGAAGUAAAAUACAUUAUGUACAUACGUAUUAAUGUAAUGCUGUGAUGGACAUUUUUUGCUCUGAAUAUUAAAUUAAAACAGUCCUUAUAUUAUGAGGAUCAUUUUAAUCUGUCUCUGUCUUCAACUGUAAUUGAGUUACAAAUAUGGGUUGCAUCUCAAGUCUAAAGUGGCUUCUUCUCCUUUUGUCCUGUUAGUGCAGAUGAACUAAAGGACAUAAGGAGCAGUGGCCUCUAGACUAUUGAGAUGCAACUUUUGUGUUGGGACCAUUAAAUACUUGUGCCUCUCCCAAGUUACAUUUGUUUUCAUAUGUCUUUACUACUGUUGUGUGCCUCUGAAAUCAUGCACUUUCAUGUUUGGGCCUUUGUCUUUUAGUCAAUUAUGAAUAAACAAUAUGCAUACAUUUUA